CUUCUCAACAGACAGACACAGAGACAGAGCCAAUCUCUUUCCCAUUGUCUCUUUUGCGGAUCAGUUCUGUCGUCGACUCUACAGAUUCUUCCGCGGUUUUUCAAUUUUGUAUUUGAAAGUCUCUUUUUUGACUCUUCACCUCUUUUAUCUUUAACACCACAACGGUUAAAAAAAAUUAACAUUGUAAAUUGUGUUCGAGUUCUAUAUAAGUCCCGUGAUUAAAAAAAAGUGGCAGAGAGAUUGAGGUGCGUUUCAUCGGAUUCUGAGAUGCAGAGACGAGGUAGAUCGUCGGAAUUUCAUUUUAGAUCGGACACUCAUCGGAGACGGCGGCGUUGAAAAAAGGGUUUAUUUUACAGUAGAAGCUUCUCGAAUCGGUGUUUAUCUUCUUCAAUCUCCGAUUCGCUUCUCAGGUGUGAACAGUACAUUUUUAGUUUUUGUUUGGUGGUGAUCUGAUCUUUUUGGUUGGAUGUGAAAUGCAAAGAUCAAGGAGAGCUCUUCUGGUUAGAAGAAGAGUUUCUGAGACUAGUUCUAAUAAUAAUAAUGGAAGGAAUCGCUUCUACAAAGUUUCAUUGUCUCUUGUUUUUCUCAUAUGGGGGCUUGUCUUCUUAUCUACAUUGUGGAUCAGUCAUGUUGAUGGUGACAAAGGUAGGUCUUUAGUGGAUUCUGUGGAAAAAGGUAAACCAGAUGAUGAUAAGGCAAAUGAGACAGGUAAGCCUGUUGAUGCACCAUCACUAGCGUCUGCCUCUGUCCACUCUACUCCUGAUUUGAGUUCGGUCGGCGGUAAAGCCGCAGCCGGAGAAAUCAUCAUAUUGAAGCAAACAAAAGAAGAUGACACAACUGCUGGAAAUGUUACAGAAAAUAAAGACAGUAAGUUUGUGAAGCCAAGUCAGAUAAGUAAUAGCACAGCCACAGGUCAAGGGAAUGAUAGUGAGACGAGUGCUUCAAAGCUUGAUCAGCUAUCUCGUGCAGUCCCGCUUGGCCUUGAUGAGUUCAAGAGCAGGACGUCAAAUUCUAAAGACAAAUCUUUGUCAGGCCAAGUCAGCGGCGUGAUUCACAGGAUGGAACCUGGUGGCAAAGAGUACAACUACGCAGCUGCUUCAAAAGGUGCAAAGGUCCUAGCUUCUAACAAGGAAGCAAAAGGACCUUCAAGCAUCAUAACCCGGGACAAAGACAAGUAUCUCCGAAACCCGUGUUCUACUGAAGGCAAAUUCGUUGUCAUAGAGCUCUCAGAAGAAACGUUGGUGAACACAAUCAAGAUUGCAAAUUUCGAGCAUUACUCUUCCAACCUGAAGGAAUUUGAGAUCCUAGGCACCUUGGUUUAUCCGACUGAGACCUGGACUCAUCUAGGGAACUUCACGGCUUUAAACAUGAAGCAUGAGCAGAACUUUACACUCGUGGAUCCUCAAUGGGUGAGAUAUCUAAAGCUAAAUUUCCUAAGCCAUUACGGUUCAGAAUUCUACUGCACCUUGAGUUUACUAGAAGUCUACGGAGUAGACGCUGUGGAGAGAAUGCUGGAGGAUUUGAUAUCUAUCCAAGACAAAAACAUACUGAAACCACAAGGAGACACUGAGCAGAAAGAGAAGAAGCCAGUACAAGCGACAGAGUCCUCUGAAAGCGAUGAAAACAGGAGUAAACAGAAGGAGAAGGAACAAGAAACCUCACCAGAGGUUGCAGUUGUGAAAGCUGCAGUAUCAACUGAGAGAAAAAAGCUGCAAGAUCCUGUGGAAGAGAUAAAACAUCAACCAGGAAGCAGAAUGCCAGGGGACACGGUCCUGAAGAUACUGAUGCAGAAGAUCCGGUCGCUUGACGUGAGCUUAUCAGUGCUUGAGAGUUACUUGGAGGAACGGAGCUCAAGUUACGGGAAGAUAUUCAAGGAGAUGGACCUUGAGGCGAGCAAGAGAGAGAAGGAGGUGGAGACUAUGAGACUGGAGGUAGCGGGAAUGAAGGAGAGGGACGAGAAUACGAAGAAGGAGGCGAUGGAGAUGAAGGAGUGGCGGAUGAGAGUGGAGGCAGAGCUAGAGAAGGCUGAGAAUGAGAAAGAGAAAGUGAAGGAGAGGUUAGAGCAUGUGUUGGAAAGAAUGGAGUGGAUGGAGAAGAAAGGUGUGGUUGUGUUCACAAUCUGUGUUGGGUUUGGGGUUAUAGCAGUUGCAGCCGUGGUGCUCGGUAAGGGGAUAGGUCGAGCAGAGAAGCCAGGCUUGGCUUGGCUACUGUUAUUGAUAAGCUCGACAUUUGUUAUGUUCAUUUUGUCUCUUUGAUGAGAGAAGAGUUCUCAGUUUUGGUCUUUCUUUUUGUUUUCUAGAGUUUUUACUGUAGAGUUUUAGUUUGAGUCCUCUUUAUAUAGAGAAUUAGUACCCAAUAAAACUAUAGUAGGUUAACUUAUGCUGUGUCCAUAAGAUUUUAAUACAUGAGUUUUGGCCGGUUCAAUGGAAGAUUCGUAUUGUUCUGUUGUCCUUGAAAUUCCGGUUUAAUUCAA